GGAGACCUCGAACGCGCGGUGGAAGCCGCCUGGGAGGCGCGCGACACGCUCUCACCCGCGAGCGGCGGUGCCGCCGCAGACGCGGUGGAGACCGCGCUCACCCUGCUCGAUUCCGGCGAGGCGCGCGUUGCGGAGAAGCAGGGCGACGACUGGAUCGUCAACCAGUGGCUCAAGAAGGCGGUGCUGCUCUCCUUCCGUCUCAACGACAUGGCAACGAUUCCGGGCGGGUACGACAAGGUGCCGUCCAAGUUUGCAGGCUGGGAUGAAGCACGCUUCCAGGAUGCGGGCUUCCGCGUCGUGCCCGGCGCCAUCGUGCGGCGCUCGGCCUACGUCGCGCCCGGUGUGGUGCUGAUGCCCUCCUUCGUGAACAUCGGCGCUUAUGUCGAUAGCGGCACCAUGAUCGACACUUGGGCCACGGUGGGGAGCUGCGCGCAGAUCGGCAAGAACUGCCACAUCUCCGGCGGCGCCGGCAUCGGCGGCGUGCUGGAGCCGCUCCAGGCGAACCCGGUGAUCAUCGAGGACGACUGCUUCGUCGGCGCGCGCAGCGAGGUGGCCGAAGGCGUCAUCGUCGAGCAGGGCGCGGUGCUGGCCAUGGGCGUCUAUGUCGGCGCCUCGACCCGCGUGGUCGACCGCGCGACCGGCGAAAUCCAUCGCGGGCGCAUUCCGUCGUAUUCGGUCGUGGUGCCGGGCUCGUUUCCGGGCAAGCCCCUUCCUGACGGCUCGCCCGGCCCCGGCCUCUAUUGCGCGGUGAUCGUCAAGCGGGUGGACGCGGGCACACGGGCCAAGACCUCGAUCAACGAGCUUCUCCGCAAUUGA